CAGCCCCCAAAAGCAUAACCCUCAAGAAGGUUUCACGGAAGCGAAGGGGGCGGGCAUGCGGCACUGCCGAUUGCGAUGUCGUACGUCCGAAAUUUUUGCUUACGGCGCGGCCUUAUAUACUCGGCCGCGAUCAAGACCGUAAGUGUUUUCCCUCCUCUCGCGGCCCCGCGCUACCGUCCACUCCCCACAGCCCUCGGCCUCGGCCUCGCUCUCGUCCUCCGCUUCCGCUCAUCGCUGCGUCCGACCUACUGCGCACUCGCACGACGAGCUGUUGAGUGGGUGUAUCAACGGCUCAACGGUUCUCCCUCCAGCACCCUUCGCGUUGCUGGUCGACGGCCGGCAAGCGCGAGACGUGCGAGCAUCACCCUGGCGUCGCCAGGCCCAUUUUCUGUCGACAUUCAUGACGGCAAAAUGCACAUUGCGACGUCGAUCGAUCCGAGGCCCGCGCGGGAAUUCCUCGCAAAGCACUGCGAGAUGACCGACGUCGGGAGGGGGGCACGGGCGGCGCGACGGCGCGACGGCGCGAAGCGCCGUCACAAACGCUCAGGCUCAUUCACAUGGUGCGUUAAUUGGUCAUGUUCGACCCCAUUUCCUGACGCUUUUUCAGGUAUUCUGCGCGCGCUUUCAGAUGCAGAACUUUUGCGUUUUGACGCGAAAUGCGCCGAGGGCCGCGCGGAAGUCUCUAGCAGAACGCCGCGAGCUCAGCAACGCGAGGGAGGGGGCAUGGACACGGCGGCGGCGGCGCGGAGCGCCGCCUUCUUCGCGUCGUGCAAGGCCCUGAGGGGUUUUAGGCGCCCCUCCAGAUGCAAAACUUUUGCAUUUUGAUGCGAAAUGCGCUGAGGGCCGCGCGGGAAUCUCUAGCGGAAUGCCGCGAGGUCAUAGACGCGGGGAGGGAGCACGGACGCGGCGGCGGCGCGGAGCGCCGCCUUCUACGCUCUUGAGGGGUUUUAGGCGCGCCUCCAGAUGCAAAAUCGGCGCAUUUUGACGUCA